AUGACGCCCAGUCCCCCUGAUGAAGCUCUUCACUUUCGCGGAAAGACCUUGACUCCGGAAAGCCCGCGCCCGUUGCAUAUUCCGGAACCUUCCAAUAUCCCGGUUCUGGAAAAUCAAAUGGACCCGGUCUUCAAUGAUACAGCGACAUAUCAACGCCCAGAAGGAUCACAACGGUACGAUCGCGAGGGGGCGCGCAACGGGUGGUCAGAAAUUGCCCGGGAUGGACAAGAUCACUCCGCGGGGUCGCGCAAGAAGCACACGGAUAGCUCACGGGGUGCGCAGUGGAUGGCCCAGCCUACGGUGAACGACUCGUCAUCCUCCUCAGCAGAGCACUUGUAUCCGCCCCAGACUGCCGUCUUCUCGCAAAAUGUGGCCGCUAUGAGCGACAACGUCAGCAGCACCCCGCAGCCCAUGGACCCAGGUCUCGCCUGCAUGGGAGCCCACUAUUCCUAUGCACAACCCGCCGACAUAGAGCCCCAGCAGGCGUACAGCUCGACUAGAAGUGAUCUCCAUCCUCCCCCCACAGCAUCAUCUUCGAACCCAUCACAAUCCAUAGGACACGCGAACGGUAACAUGGCUUCUGCCCCCAGGGAAGUGAAUCUUCAGAUCCUGCUUGACAACCUCUCUCAACAAUCGGCCACCGCAAAAGACGGCGCCACACUUCCUGCUGCAGGUGACCGCGCCUUGGAUCACCGACUCCCGUCGUACGAGUCCGUCCCCUCUAGUGUUCAAUCUACGUGGAAUUCUGCCUCGGGUUCAGACCCGCCUCAUCCCCACGCCCAUCAAGAGCAUCCUCAGCCCCAAGAGGAGACCACUCUGGCCUCAUCAUUGGCUGGUCCGAAUUCCGCCUCCAGCGCCUACGUAGGCUCGAGCAGUAAUCUUUCGCAUCAUCCCAGUGCCCAAUCUUGUGACGUGAACGCGCCAGGAGCCGACUCCGGCGAGACAGAGCUUUCUCCCUCGGCUACUAUCAAGCGUCAGCAAUCGCCUCUGACAUCGACCAGCGACCCCAAAGUGGACCAGGACGCGAGUCGCUCCCCCAAGAGAGCACGCAUUGAGAGACAGCUAGUCCGCGGCGGCAAGACAGAUGAUGACCAGCCAUGGGGCCCGGAGGUUCAAAAGAAGUAUGACGAGUUCCUCCACCAGGAACGGGUUUAUGUUACUGAGGGACUUUGGGAUCGGUUCCCCAUGGGUUCCCGACUGUUUGUCGGUCAGUCCUCUUCCUUUUCAUUCGACCAUUCACAGUGGAUUGCGACUGUGAGCUUACCGUUCUUCCUUACGUUUGCAGGCAAUCUUCCAACCGAGCGAGUCACGAAGCGAGAUAUGUUCCAUAUAUUUCACAAAUAUGGCAAACUAGCCCAGAUUUCCAUCAAGCAGGCCUACGGCUUCAUUCAAUUCGUCGAAGCUACUGCCUGCCAUGCGGCUCUUCAGCACGAGCAAGGGGCCAUCAUAAGGGGGAGGAAGAUCCAUCUUGAAAUAUCCAAGCCCCAGAGAUCUACCGCGAGAGCGGUCCCUGCGGCAGAGACAUCUCGUGCACCUCUGCCUCGCCGCUCCCGUUCCCCCGACUACGGCCGUGCGGCACCGGCCCGGGGCGCCGUUCGUGCACCGAUCGAUCGGUAUGAGCGACCGCACGAGUCGAGUCGAAUCCCAUUCAGUGACUUCCGAGACGAGGCAUCUCACCGAAGGCGCGAUGAUUAUCGUCCCCCCCGCUCUCCUUCACCGCGACCGUCCCGAGCUCGGGAUGGCUAUCGAUCGCGAGACCGAACGCCGGAGCGAUUCGAACGCCGCGAACGUAGACGGUCCCGGUCGUCUCGCUCUCCUCGAUCUCCCUAUGCUCGUGAUCGUCGCUAUCGAAGCUCGAGUCCCAGGCACCGGAACAGCUACGAAGGAGAGGCGGAACUACCUGUGCCUCGCCGCGCACCUCGGGACGUACCCGAAGUGCAGGUGCUUGUGCUCGAGGAGAUCGACCGGUAUGUUACCACCGCCUUACCCACUUUACCCACUGAUUUUGCAAUUGUGUCUGACGGGUCUCGUGCGAAAAGAAAUUUUGUUCUUCAAGUGGAAAACGCGUUUCGCAACCGUGGCUUGCGCGUCGACGUACUCGUUCUUGGACCUCGAAUUCCUCUCGGUGCAGCAGUCCAACGUCAAUUCGUCGAAGGUGUUCUCGCUGUUGUCAGACUCUCGCGAUCCAAUCAGUUCUCUCGGAAGAUCCCACUCCAAAUUUUCGACAGAAGUGCCGGCCCUGAGCAUGUCCGAUUCACCGACUACCCAGAGUUAGAUCCCAGUAUCGCCGCCGAGGUCAUGUUCCACCAAGCGCAAGCGAUGCAACGCGGCCCAGCGGCACCUUUUGCUCCUCAUCCAGCCUUUGGAGCCGCUCCAAUGUCUCUGGGAUUGCCUCCGCCUUCUGUAGCCGCACUUCCUAAUGCUCAUAUGGCUAAUCUCAUCAGCACGCUUGAUGGACCUGCUCUUCACUCCCUUCUUUCGGCUCUUCAGCAACGGCCCGGACCACAAUCCAACCCGGUUUCAGCCACUCAAUCACCUUUCGCGUCCCCCAACCCCCCAUCGCCAGCCGAUUUGGCGACUCUUUUGAGCAACACCAAUCGUGCGCCCCCCAUGACCUCUCUCCAUCCUCCACCAAAUCUCCCUCCACAACAGGUUCCUCAUCAGCCCUACGCCCUUCCGCAACCCAACCUUCCCAUGGUCACCGAUCCCAAUCUGCUUUCACUUCUGGCAAAAGGUCUAGGAGUGCCACAGACACAAGCGCAGCCUCCACUCGGUUCCAAUGUGCAGAACCUGAUGCACCAUUUUUCGAAGUGGAAGCAAUGA